GUCAGAAAAUCAAUUACAUUUAUAUUAUGUGCUCUUUUUCAGUCAAUGCAAAUUCCUAUCGGUUUAACUGCAAUUAAUAUUGCGACCUCCCUCUUGGUUAUCAGGAGUAAAGGCGUUCGAUUCCUACCGCCUGUGGCACAAUUGUCGUACGAUGUUACCGUAAGACCUAGUGAUCGGGUCAUCAGGUUUUUGCGUUUAAGUAGGUCCCAAUGUUUCUAACGCAUACAUUUUGACCUGUAAAAUUAAAAAACAAGGGGAAAAGUUGUAUUUUUGUACUUUAUAACUUCUCUUGUACAAACGAAACAGUUAAUUACGUCAUAUUUCGAUACACGAAUUAUCGAAGUGUUACGGUAAACACCCCACCUCCACAUCAGUGGUGUGACUGAAUGGUCCUCCUCGACUAUGUCGCCAGGCAGGGGGUGGUGAUGCUUACUGUUUAUUGCAGAAAGCGGACUCAUAGCUGUAGUGGAUGGAGACAACUGCUCCAAAACUCAUACUCUUAUUCAGCGGAAAGCGAAAGUCUGGAAAAGACUACGUUACCGACUUCAUUCACAAGCGGUUGGGUCCCGAGCUGUGCUGCAUCCUGCGCCUGUCGGCGCCGCUCAAAGAGCAGUACGCGCAGGAGAAUGGUCUCGACUACGGGCUCCUUCUGGGCCCGGGUUCCUACAAGGAGCAGUACCGGGCGGACAUGAUCGCAUGGGGCGAGCAGCGCAGGCAACGCGACCCCGGCUUCUUCUGCCGCCUGGCGCAGAAGAGCGCAACGCGGCCCGUGUGGAUCGUGAGCGACGCCCGGCGCCUGUCGGACCUGCAGUGGUUCCGGAGCGAGUAUCCGAGCCAGAGCCGCAGUGUGCGGGUGGAGGCCUCGCAGGAGACGCGGAGGAAGAGGGGCUGGGAGUUCACCGCAGGAAUAGAUGAUGCGGAGUCAGAGUGUGGACUGGACCAAGGAGUACAAUUCGACUGGACAAUCUUUAAUGAAGACUCUGCUCCCCCACUGGGAGAGCAGCUGAAGGAGCUGCUGUCUUUGGCUCUGGAGAGAGCUGGAGUGGAUGAGUCAAGCACCUUCAGUUCACAAUGAACUGCCUGUUAUGAGACUCAAAGUUAUUGUACUUAACUGUUCUUAAAACUUUUCUGCUUGUAAACUUUAUACUAAAACUAUCAAAAAAAGCUAUCCACCAAAAGUGUGUCCAGCUUCACCUUAUUUGGGGUGGCCGAUACCCUACAGAAUGUUGCAAGUCUGAACUGAUUGGCACUAUUAAUAUAUAUAGCAUAAAUUGGUAUUUUCUGCAUGUUCAGGUGGCAGAAUGUAUGCUAAAUCUUGAAAUCUGGUAUACUUCACUGUGCUACACCCUCUGAAGUCAGUUCUAAGUUCGUAUUGCACCGGAACCAAUCCACAGUCACAUAUAACCAUUGUUAACUAUACAGCAACCGCCUGCAGUUGUCAAAGGUGAUACUUAUGGCACUGCAGAAAACUGAAGUUUAUACUGAAAUUCAUUUGAGUGAUUGAGAUGCAAGUAGUUGGAUUUAU